AUGGACCGUCCGCCUUCCACUGAGCGGCCUACUAGGAUAGCUAUUCUUGAUUCUUCCUUCAAUCCACCUACAAAGGCUCAUUAUCAUCUUCUGAAAGCAGCUGCAAGGGUUGGCUGCGAUGCUGUACUAUUACUUUUAGCAACCAAUAAUGUGGAUAAGGGUCAGACAGGUGCAGGCGCCGUGGAGCGUUUAGAGAUGAUGGAAGCCAUGGCUAUGGAUUCUAUUUCGAAUGAUAAGGAAGAUCCUGCACUCCGACAAAUAGCUGUUGGCUUAACUACCCAUGCUAGAUUUAUGGACAAGGCACAACCGAUCUUAGAUCAAUAUGAACCCAACACUGUUCAAUUAUCAUGGAUUAUGGGUCACGAUACCAUGACACGGCUAUUUGAUCCCAAGUAUUACAACGAUGUACAUGCGGAUAUGGCGCCGUUCUUUGAGAAAUGUGAUGUGAUCUGUUCUUCAAGGCCAGGUCAUGGCAGCCGAGAAGAAAUGAUGCGAUUUGUAGAACAGAGUGGACACAAGGACAAAGUCACGCUAGUAGAUAUUAUUGAGACUGAAGAAGUCAAGUCGAGUCUGCCUUCUACUGUUGCCUCUACUGCUGUUUCUACUGCUGAGAAAAGACAUGGAAUCGAGAUUAGAGAGAUAUCAUCGACCAUUGUCAGAGAUGCUGUCAAGAACAAAGAUUGGCUGUUGGUUGAGCGCUGUGUUCAACCAUCCGUUAGAGAGAUCAUUGAGAAAAAUAGUCUCUACGCAUCAUGA